UCAGUGCAUCUUGUGGACAGAACCUUACCUGUUCCUCGGUCCAGCACUGUACAGUCUUCCGGCGCCGGCAUCUUUAGUGUCUGCAGUCUCUUGGUCAUCCCCUGUACUGUCUGCAGUAUCUGGUCAUCCCCUGUACUGUCUGCAGUCUCUGGUCAUCCCCUGUACUGCCUGCAGUCUCUGGUCAUCUCCUGUAUUGUCUGCAGUCUCUGGUCAUCUCCUGUACUGUAUCUGCAGUCUCUGGUCAUCUGUACUGUGUCCUCAGUCUCUGGUCAUCUCUUGUACUGUGUCCACAGUCUCUUGUUAUCUCCUGUACUGUGUCCACAGUCUCUUGUCAUCUCCUGUACUAUGUCCGCAGUCUCUGGUCAUUUCCUGUACUAUGUCUGCAGUCUCUUGUCAUCUCCUGUACUGUGUCCGCAGUCUCUAGUCAUCUUCUGUACUGUCUGCAGUCUCUGGUCAUCUCCUGUACUAUGUCCGCAGUCUCUCGUCAUCUCCUGUACUGUCUGCAGUCUCUGGUCAUCUCCUGUACUGUGUCCGCAGUCUCGGGUCAUCUUCUGUACUGUCUCCAGUAUCUGGUCAUCUCCU